GCCCUACAUACAUACCAAACGAGGAAAGACUAUGAAUUAUAAAUUAGAAGAUCUGGAAAAGGCCGUUGAAGCUGUGCAAGCUGGUGAAUCAAUCAGACAAGCAUCAAAACAGUACGGAAUACCAAGAAGUACGAUCGGCGAUCGUAUUUCUGGGAGAUUUGAUGUGAAGAAGCCUGUAACACACGGACGUCCUCCAGCAAUACCGCUAGAAAUAGAAAACAAGAUUGUGCAGUCUAUUAAAAUGGCAGCACGUAUGGGUGUAGGCUUAAGCAGAAAACAAAUUCUCUUAAGGACUAACAUUCUUUGCAGACGCACAAAAAUUCAAACCAAUUAUCAAAACUUUACAGCAGGCAAAGACUGGUGGGAGGGGGUCAAAAGGCGCCACCCAGAAAUUGCCGUUAGAAAACCAGAGAGGCUUAGUUCUGUAAGGGCUCGAAUGUUAAACGAGACAGUGGUGAGCAAGUACUUUGAAGAUCUUGCUAAGCUUGUGUCUGACUUCAAGUUCCAAUAUUGUACUAUUUGGAACUGUGAUGAGACGGGGUUUAACUUCGAGCACUCACCAGUCAAGAUAGUAGCAGAAAAAGGAAUCAAAUCCGUCGUGAGUAAGACUAGCCAGAAGUCCAGCAACUUGACAGUUAUGGCGUGUAUAAACGGAGAAGGAUCGGCCAUGCCUCCGCUUAUAAUCACAAAAGGGAAAACUGUCAAGUCAAUUCACGGGUACAAGACCAGCGACGCUCCUGAUGGCACAGUUUGGACAUUCCAGGACAAAGGAUGGAUAACUGAUGACAUUGGGGAAAAAUGGUUUGAUGAGGUUUUUCUAAAAUACUGUGGCCCUACCCGACCACAGCUUUUAAUUUUUGACGGUCAUUCGUCACAAUGAGUCGUUGGCCAUCAUUGAAAGAGCAAUUGAGGAAAACAUCACUUUAUUCUCUUUGCCUCCCUAUUGCACCCAUUAUCUUCAACCACUUGACAGAACGGUGUUUGGGCCACUGAAAAAAGCUUAUAAUGAGCAAUGCUCCAACUUCAUGAGUGAACACCCAUUGCAUGUUGUCAACAAGUGGUCAUUUCCAGCUCUUUUCAGUAAUGCAUGGGAUGCCGCACUAACCGUAAGCAAUAUCAAAAGUGGUUUUGCUUCGUGUGGCAUCUGUCCUGUUAACAAAGACGCUGUGCCAUCUGCUGCCUUCAAACCGAGUUCGCCAACUGACGUAGCAUUUACAAACGGUAGGUGAUAGUCAAAUGUUCUUGGUACAUAGACUUGAUAGGCUCAGUAACCGUUUUACUGAAUAACUAUAAGUGCUUAAAAUGUUUAUACAAUAUAUGAUGGAUU